AUGGCUUCAGCUCUCGAUCAAUUAAAACAAUGGACCACUAUCGUUUCUGAUUCGGCUGAUUUUAUGACCAUUAAGCAAUACGAUCCACAAGAUGCAACUACGAAUCCUUCUUUAGUCUUAGAAGCCACUAAAAAUCCUCGUUAUGAUUAUUUGAUCGACUCAGCCAUCAAAUAUGCAAAGAGUAAAGGAGGAUCUAUCGAGAAAAUGACAGAAAUAGCUUCUGAUAAAUUGUUGGUAAAUUUUGGCGCUGAAAUCCUUAAAAUUAUUCCAGGAAGAAUUUCUGUUGAAGUAGAUGCACAACUGUCAUAUAACACCGAGGCCACGGUUGUUAAAGCAAGACAACUUAUUGCUCUUUAUAAAGAAAUUGGUGUUGACAAGUCACGCGUUAUGAUCAAGAUUGCUUCAACAUGGGAAGGUAUUCAAGCUGCAAAAGUACUUGAGAAGGAAGGCAUUCAAUGUAAUAUGACCUUACUUUUCUCUUUUACUCAGGCUGUUGCUUGUGCCGAAGCUGGUGUAACUCUAAUCUCUCCAUAUGCUGGUAGAAUUCUCGAUUGGUAUAUGAAAAAUACUAAUAAGACCUAUAAACACCAUGAAGAUCCUGGUGUAAUAUCAGUAACUAAAAUAUAUAAUUAUUAUAAAAAAUUCGGUUAUAAGACCAUUGUAAUGGGUGCAAGUUUUCGAAACACCGGUGAAAUUGAAGAAUUAGCCGGCUAUUUAAUGGCUACCGAAAAGCUUUCGGAAGGUAUAAGAUCAUUCGCUAAUGACGGUAGAACUUUAAAUUUUAAUUUAAAGCAACGAUUGAUUAACGAAGACGUAAAAUCUAAAGAAUUUCUUUCUGAAGAUAUUACUUUUACUGUAAAAAAUC